GACUAUAUCGUCGGCAAACCGAAGGUGAGUGAUGUACUCGCCAUUGAUGUUGAUACCUUAUCCUUUCCAGUCCAGAAGCUUGAAAACAUCUUCCAAUGCAGCGGUAAAGAGUUUCGGGGAUAUGACGUCACCCUGUCUUACACCUCUCUGCAAUUGGAUAGUUUUCGUACACUGGUUCUGUACUCGGAUAGCCACCGUAGCCCUAUUGUACAAGCACUUCAACACUUCGAUAUACCGACAGUCAACUUGGCAUCGCUAAAGGGACUGCAGCACCGCCCAAAUUUUGACGGAAUCAAAGGCUUUCUCGUAGUCCACAUACGCCAGACAUAGUGGCAAAUUGUACUCCUCAGCCUUCUGUACAACUAGCCGAAGGGUAUGUAUGUGGUCUAUGGUGCUAAAGCCUUUUCGGAAACCGGCUUGUUCGGGAGGCUGGAAGUCGUCAAGUCUGCGCGCGAGACGAUUCGUAAUGACUCUCGAAAUCAGCACGUAGACGCGGCUCAGAAGGGAAAUGGGUCUGUAGUUCUUCAAGAGAGCGUUGUCACCUUUCUUGAAGAACAAGACCACCGCACUUCUGCUCCACGCCUCCGGUGUAAUGCCACCAUGGAGGACGGAAUUAAAGAGCUUCUGAAGGACUUCAAGUACCGGUUUUCCACCCGCUUUCAGAAGCUCCGCUGUAAUUCCAUCCUCGCCUCGGGCCUUGCCGUUUUUAAGGUGCUGGAGAGCCAUUCUAAUCUCGCUCAGACUGACGUCCGGGAUAUCAUCGGAAUAAUGUCGGAUAAGACUCGCUUUUGGAUCGUUACUCACACUUGCGUGCGGCUCCAACGAUGACGUGUACAGCUGCCCAUAGAACCUCUCAAUUUCACUCAAAAUCUCAGGUGCCCCGGAAACGAUGCUGCCACAUUCGGUCUUCAGCUUUGACAGUUGGCUCUUUCUGGCAGACAGAUCUCUGGCAAAGGCUUUGGAGCCUUGGUUCCGCUCGAUCGCUUCUUCAAUACGAGCUGUAUUGAAGUUGCGUAAGUCCCGCCGCAUGCAGAUCUGUCUGUUCAGUUGCCUGUAUGCUGUCAAAUCUGUUGAAGAAUGUAGCUUUAUCUCCCGUCUAACAGCCAUGAGAUUAAGAGUGUGAUCGGAGAGUUUUUGUGUUCUUUUGCGGCGAGUCUUGUAAAACUUAGCUCUGACCGCAUGGACAGUUUCCACGAGCUUGUUAUUCAAAUCGUCUACUUCAUUGCAGUCUUCUAGGCACUGAAAACGGUUUUGUAACUCGAGCUGAAAGGUGUCAGGACUUUGGAACAGAGCACGAGGGGGACGGAGCAUUGACUUCAUUAGACGAGACCUCUCCAACUUAACGUUUAGGUUCAGUGUGCCUCUAACCAUUCGGUGAUCGCUGCCGGUUUUCACCCUCGCGAUCACUUAGACAUCACUGAACAGUUGUCGUCUGGUCGUCAUAAUGAAGUCAAUCUCAUUUUUUGUCGAACCGUCGGGGCUCGACCAGGUCCACUUCCUGUGGGGCCGCUUCUGGAAGAAAGAGUUCAUCAUAAAGAGUCCCUGUUUCUCCAUGAAGUCGGCCAGCUGCUGGCCUCUUGGGUUCCGUUGCCCUAUUCCAAAUUUCCCCACUUUCAGCGCACCGUUCUCUCUUGUGCCUAGUUUUGCAUUGAAGUCUCCCAUUAACACCGUAUAUUGGGUUUUGGAGGAAUGCAUGGCUCUAGAGAUAUCCUCAUACAUUUCCUCCACCUCCUGAUCGGGGUGUGCCGAGGUUGGUGCGUAAACCUGUAUGACCUUCAGCGAAUACCGUUUGGUGAUUCUGAGUAUAAGGUACGCAACCCUUGUCGACACACUCUCAAUCUUUACAACGUUGUUAACGAGAGACUUUUGGACGAUAAAUCCGACACCUCCUUGGGACAGAUGGUCGCCCUCCCGGUAAUAGAGCAAGUUGCCGGAUUCGAGGAUUACCGUGUCCUCCCCCUCUCUUCGGACUUCGGAUAAUCCUAUAAUAUGCCAGCGUAACUUGUCCAUCUCUUCUUCCAGCUCCACAAUCUUCUCGUCAGCCCUCAGGGUGCGUGCGUUGUAUGUUGCCAGGUCGAGUCAUCGUAGGUGGCAACCGAACCUCCACCGGAGAUUCUUAGCACCCCCUGCCCCGCCGUUACCAUGGUCGCCACCGUAGCCAGGAAUAGCGGGGCCGCCGGGGAAUGGGGGCGGUCUCUUCGUAACUUUCAUCAUGGGGGGUAUAUUGCCAUAGUUGCCACGCUUGGCGAGCGGGUUGGCAACCGCAGUUUUUUAUUGUAUUUUUGCCGUUACCAGGAAGAUACUGCUGCCCAUCUCCUGCCUGUAUCCCUUUGUCGCCUUUUACGACACCUACGGGAAGAUAUGGGGUAGUGGAUAUUCUUAACCGCCAUUACACGGCAAAACCACAAAAAGGUUAAAACUAAUUUAAACUAAAUUUACAAAUAUAAUAUUUCUUUUAAAAACACCCGUCAUCCCGCCUAUUUACUAAAAUAAUCAUAUAUAAUAGAAAAUUAACAUCUAAAGGAAGAAAAAUACUUAACCUUCUUUUGUAAGUUUCGUAAUCGGAUAAAAAUAGCCUAUAGGUUGCCCCGGGGUACUAACUACCUACAUAUAAAAUUUUAUGGAAAUUGGUCCAGUAGUUUUUGCGUGAAUCGGUAAUACACAGAGAGACAGACAGACAGACAAAAAUUCUAAAAAUCACUAAUUUAGCUUCAGCACACUUUAUUUAGUAAUAUGGACUUGUUUUUUCAAAAAUAUGUUACAAUAACAGACAUUGCUUUUCUACAGAUUUAUUAUAUGUAUAGAUAUGUAUAGAUUCUGCCUCCUUUACACAUACAUUAUACUUAUCAAAGUAAGCAGUUCCUGUAUAUAUUAUAUGUAAUUGCUUUAUCGAAAACGGCUCAAACUAUUUGGAUAAAAUCACAGAGAUUGGAUUGAGCGUUAGCUUUACAAAAGUGUCCACUCUCUAGAAAGAGACAAAACGACUGUGACAGCCUAGUGUGACCAAAGACGUAUUAAAAAGAUAGACAAGUUACACACUAACAUUAUUGUAUUUUAAAGUGGCGCAGGUAGUACUAUGUCUACGUACAGUUAUUUAUUAUGACACGUUGCGCUAACAAAAAGUGAAAAAUGAUACGGCAUACCUAUCGUUAGAAAAAGAUGAAUAUACAUCAUUAGUUGCGUAUUGAUUGCUGCUGAGCGCUCAUUGGCGCGAGCGCGUGACAUACCGAUAUGGAAAUGAACACACUAACACUUUGUUCAUAAUUGGUUUUACUAUUUCAAUAGUAAAACCAAUUAUGAACAAAACAUCUAUAUUCAAAAUAUUAAUGAGACGUUUUUCAACAGUUGCCGUGUAAUUUGUGCACCACCUAAAAACACAGAAAGGCAUUUUUACCACGAAUAACUAGAAGAUUUACGCGCUGUAUCGCAGGUGUAGCUGCGACGCGAGAGCGUGCUCGACUGAAUGCGAAUCGGGCAAUUACCUGACUUUCGUAUUGCCAUUUUAGAGCGAGUAUGACGUAUCUAUAAUGUUGACAGCCUUGCAGCAAAUAGGUAUGUUAGUACAAAAAGGCAGAGUUUUAUUCCGACCACUGGCCGUCAAACUAAUUUUAAUAAAAUCAGUAUCAACUCAAAGUUUCAGGUCACUAAAUUUUCUUUUUUUUUUCACAGAGUACUAGCGUAGAAUUGCAGCAUAAUCACAAUGCUGCUCUGUUUUGUAUUGUGAGUGUAGAGAACCAUCUUAGCACUCUACGUUGACAACGCUUUUAAAAAUUGAUUAUAGAUUUCAGCGACAGCAUCGACUUACCUAUACCUAUUUUUAUCAUAUUAGUACUUAGUUUAAAAUAUUGAGACUUUGUGCACUUGUCAGUGACAGACCUAAUAAACGUUAAAUUAUAUUUUAGUGUCAAGGUAAAGAUUUUGAAAUAAAGAUAAGAACCGGUACACGUCUUCGUGGAACUAAAAUAUUUUGUGCGUUAGUAAAACUGACAAAAGUUGAUACAAUCAUUUGAUCAGACAUAAACAUGAUUUUUUUUAAUGAAUGAUAAAAUUUUGAAAAACUUAUGAAUACAUUUUAAGCUUAGCAUUGUAAGUCAUACAGUUUGAAAAUCACAUUUAGAUGUUUUAAAACUAUUUUCUAAUACUUAUAAUGAAAAAAAAAACCAUUAAAUAUAUAAUUUGAUAUAAGUACUUUUGUUUUUUUUUUGCUCUAGGAUACCAGCAGCAUUGUUGAGGUUUUCGUCGAGAUUGCUAGGGAUACGGUGGAAGGUGCGGGGUCUAGAAAAUGUAGAUGACUCACGAGGCGCCGUGGUGUUGCUUAACCACCAGAGUAGCAUCGACCUCUUCGCUCUAGCAGUGCUAUGGCCUCUUAUGGCGCGUUGCACGGUGGUGUCCAAGCGAGAGCUUCAAUACCUAGUGCCAUUUGGCACUGCUUCCUGGCUAUGGGGUACAGUUUUCAUUGACCGGGGUGCUCGAUCUGCGCACUCCGUCCUGAACCAACAGAGCAACGCUGUUCGGGAACACAAGCGAAAACUGCUGUUGUUUCCUGAAGGGACUCGACAUUUGGGGGACAAACUUCUGCCAUUCCGAAAAGGUGCUUUCCACGUUGCGAUGGACGCUCGAGCUCCUAUCCAGCCUAUCGUUGUUUCGAAAUAUCAUUUCUUGGAUGCAAAGCAACCUCGUUUUGGAUCCGGUGACGUAAUAGUAACAAUAUUGCCAAUUAUCGAGACUGAGAAUCUGCAAAAGGAAGAUAUUCCAAAUUUGAUGGAAAAAACACAAAUACUGAUGCAAGAAGAAUUCACAAGAACCUCUGCUGAGACAAAACCAAGACUUUCUCUUUAAGAUGAUAAGGAUAUUAUGUAAUAUCAUAUUUUUAUAUGCAUAAAAAGGGUCUGUGAUAAAAUUUCAAAUGUGCGUGGUGCCAAUAAUGAUAAUGUUAUUAACUAUUCGUAUUUUAUGUGAACGUAUACUUAAUAAAAUGGAAUAU